GCCAACGACAUAUCUGUCCUCCAGUCGCCCAAUUUCCGAAGAGUCGUUGCAGAAAGGCACGUUCGGGAGGGUCCAUCAACGUCCAUCUAUCCAUCCAUCCAUCACAAAUAUCGCAAUGGCCCCUGCGCAAAAGAAGACCAAGAAGAGCAUCGAGUCCAUCAACUCGAGGCUCGCUCUCGUGAUGAAGAGUGGAAAGUACACCCUCGGUUACAAGUCCACCUUGAAGACUCUUCGUCAGGGAAAGAGCAAGCUCAUCAUCAUCGCUGGUAACUGCCCGCCCUUGAGGAAGAGCGAACUCGAGUACUACGCCAUGUUGUCCAAGACUGGUGUGCACCACUACUCUGGCAACAACAUUGAUCUCGGAACUGCCUGCGGUAAAUACUUCCGCGUUGGCGUUCUGUCCAUCAUCGAUGCCGGCGACUCUGACAUUAUUGCCAAGCCUUCGGCCUAAGCACCGGUUUUAUCGACCUGGCUGUAUCAUAAUGUCAUCUGGUUAAAUAUAUUUAAAACCCUACUGCCGUGCCUGCAUCCUGA